UUUGAUGUGAAAACACAAAACAAUCUCCUGAGGCAACAGAAAACACUGAAGCUUUACCGGGACACACUGUCAGACAGACGCAGCACCACGGUACGUUCACGGACUCGUCAAGCUGUCCGUGAUAACAGACGGUCGAUAGGAGCAGAGCUGCUGUGUUGUAACUGUGUGCGGAGCAAAGGUCUCCGUAAAGCUGAUAAAGUGAACGUUACAGGACCAGACGGCUCUCAGCGUCCACCGUCCUCACUGAGACUUCUCUGGAUCCAUCAUGAAUUUCUUCCUGGAAACAAUCCAAGUUCUCCUUCUGUCCAUCUGGUACAAUGUGGAAUCUUUCAUCCACCUCUUUGUGCCCAUGAGGAAGAAGAACAUAUCUGGUGAGGUGGUGCUGAUCACAGGGGCAGGUAGCGGGAUCGGACGCCUCAUGGCUCAGGAGUUUGCAGCUCUUGACACUGUGCUCGUGUUGUGGGAUAUUAACCAGGAUGGGAUGAAAGAAACCGCUCGUCUGGCUAAACAGAGUGGAGCCAGCAGAGUCCACUUCUACCUGUGUGACUGCAGCGACAAGAACGAGGUGUACAGAGUGGCUGACCAGGUGAAGCGAGAGGUGGGCGACGUCAGCAUUCUGGUGAACAAUGCUGGCAUCGUAACAGGAAAGAAGUUUAUGGAUGCUCCAGAUUCCCUGAUCGAGAAGACGCUGGAGGUCAACACUAUGGCUCACUUCUGGACAUACAAGGCAUUCCUUCCCGCCAUGAUUGCCAACAACCAUGGCCAUCUUGUCAGCAUUGCUAGUUCCGCUGGACUCAUCGGAGUCAAUGGAUUGGCAGAUUACUGUGGCAGUAAGUUUGCAGCAGUAGGUUUUGCAGAGUCUGUGGGUCUGGAGCUCCUGGCAACUGGGAAAGAUGGCAUCAAGACCACCAUUGUUUGCCCGUACUUCAUUAACACUGGAAUGUUCGAUGGAUGUCAAACUAAGUGGCCCAGCCUGCUGCCUAUCCUGGAUCCCAACUAUGUAGCCAAGAAGAUCAUUGAUGCUGUGCUCACAGACCAGGUGUUCCUGCUGCUGCCCAAGACCAUGUACCUCAUCGUUGCUCUCAAGAAUAUCCUCCCCAUGAAGCAGGGCAUUCUGCUGGGCCAGUACCUUGGAGCCUUCAACCUCAUGGACACAUUCAAGGGACGCUCCAAAAAGCAGGAAUGAAUGAAGACAGCGGACAAUAUGAAGUUAAGGGUGACUGAUAUGGAAGUAGACAUAGAAAUAUAAAAGCCAUCAACACCUAUUUUAAUCUUAAUCUUCCCAGUGUAUUAGCAUAACGAUACAAAUGAUGUCAAAGUAUGAAAUAUCAUAUCUCCACUUUCAUACACAAAAAAUACCUCUCACAUUCACAAUUUUACCUCACAUGCACCGUUUCACAAAAAAUGAAUGUGAGAACUUAAAAAAUGUGAGAGGUAAAAUCACAGGGUUUGUCUCCCUGUAUCUAUUAUUCCGUAUCAUACUGUUUGAAGCAUUAAUAUCACUAUGUACUUGUUUUUAAAUUACAUUAUUGUUAGUGGCAUUUAAAUGGUAUCCUACUAUUAUAGAAAAUUAGUGCUUAUAAUAGCAUUAAAUUGAUUCAGCCAGUGUUAUUGUGUGUUUAUCCUGAGGAUGUUAUUAUGCAGCUUCAGUCAGACUUUUACUGACAUAACAAACAGGAUACAUCACAUGAAACAGAGCUCCAAAGUCAAAUGUCAUGUUUUCUGAAAGUCCCCAGCAAGACCAUCCGUGUUGCCACUUGUAAUAAUAAUAAUAAUAAUAAUAAUAAUAAUAAAAAUAAUGCUAAUAAUAAUAAUUUAAUUCAAAGUUUCAAAGGAACUGAACCUAACUUGCAUAAAACUGAACUCUUUCUUUAGUCUAUGACUAGGAAAAUAACGCUAAUGCUGAUUAACUGCAGCCGGCCUCAUUAGCUUUCAUUUUUAGCAAUUAUAAACAUGGUAACACUUUAUAUAAGGGAACACAUAUUCAACAUUAAUUAGUUGCUUAUUAGCAUGCAAAUAAGUAACAUAUUGACUCUUAAUUAGUCAUUAUUAAGUAGUUAUUAAUGCCUUAUUCUGCAUGGCCUUAUUAUACAACCAGUAAGACAUUAACUAAGAGUUUCCCCUCAAUAACCCCCACUUUGUAGAGUAAUGAUUGACAUUAAAAUCUACCAAUCUUCAUCCAAUCAUCCAAAAGGAGCCACCAGUCACGUCAAAGGUCUGGAGAAGGUGGCGUUUUGUUGUUUCCAUGGUUUCAUUCACCGCUAUGUAGAGACUUAUAAAGUCCAUACAAAGUAAAGCAUAUUAAGAUCAUAACUCAUAUACAACAACUUCCUUACUUACUACUAAUAAGCAAUAAUUCUGAGGUUAUUGAGGGAAAACUCUUAGUUAAUGUCUUACUGGUUGUAUAAUAAGGCCAUGCAGAAUAAGGCAUUAAUAACUACUUAAUAAUGACUAAUUAAGAGUCAAUAUGUUACUUAUUUGCAUGCAAAUAAACAACUAAUUAAUGUUGAAUAUGUGUUCCCUAAUCUUAAGUGUUACCAAAAACAUAUAUGUAAUCAACAAAAUAAUGUUCUGUGCUGUCAUGACCACAGCACCACCUGUUUACUGGACAUGAUGUACUCAUAGUAUACUAAUGACAUGUUAUAACACCACAGUGAUCAUCUCUGUUGGUUUUAGGGCUCAGUGUUUUGCGGCCUAUAUCAUUUCACAUAAAAAAGCAAGCACUUGUACUCAAGAGCAGUGAACCCUGCAUGAAGGCUCGGCUCAUUCUUUUAAACUCUGCCAGGUCACACUGAACACAAAGUGGAUUCUCACCUCGUGUUGAGUUUGAAAGCUUAAUUGUUUUUGAAUUUAUAAACAGCAGACAAUACUGACUGCUGAGACGUUAGUUGUAAAGUGAACACUGCACUGCAGUAGCUGGCAGUGUAGGGGUCAUCCCUAUGUUCCCGAGUGGGGAACAUAGGAGCCCUUUUGAGAAAAAAGGUCCUAUGUUCCUCGUUUUUCCCAAAAAGGGUCCUAUGUUCCACUGUAGCAAUACAUACCGGGGAACAUAGGACUCUUUUCUGAAAAAGGGUCCUAUGUUCCCCGCUAUUGCGGGGUUAGGUUUAGGGUUAGGGUUAGGGUUAGGGUUAGCUCGAGACCUGCAGGUUUGCCACCCCUGACCUAAUCUUUCCUUGUCUAGGCCUAUUUGCAUAUGCCCGUCAAACAGCCUGUAGGCCUAUUUGCCAUGAAAUUUGGCAGUAAUGUUGGAAAAAGUAACAGACCAGGGAACAUAGGACCCUUUUUGGGAAAAGCGGGGAAAAAGGGUCCUAUGUUCCCCAGUCUCAUACAAAGAAGGGAACAUAGGACCCGGGGAACAUAGACAUGCUCCCGCAGUGUGCUAGCAUGCUACAGUUAGUUUGAAUGAGUGGAGACCCAUCUACUUUCCUUAUAUUGAUGAAGUUGAGUAAGCACAAAUACUUUACCAGUCUGAACAAACAUUUAAGUUUGAUCUGAAGAAAAACUUUAAGGAGCUACAUCUACUACCUCUUUAUUCAUCUGGUUACUUUAGCUCAUCUAAAGGUAUCACUCAUUUUAAAAAGCGUCAAACUAGUUUACUGUCUGCUUUGGUAGCAACACUCCCAGCUUUGUUAUAACAUUACAGUGUGCUCUUCACAUGGCAUUGUGUGUGUAAGCGAGGGAGCCUGUUUUUCAUAGUUAAGGUCUAAUUAUUUCAUGUGGAUGAAAACACUUUCAAAAUUCAGCACAAACCUGAAGUCCUAGUUUAUGAAGUAAUAUGCAUGUGUCAUGCAUCCUGCACUAAAUAUAUCAUCAAUUCCGCUUUUAAUGUCCGAUCACUUAAGCACAUUGACAACCACACAACACUAAGUCUGCAAUGGUGAUAUUAUAACUGUUAUAAUACAUAUAUCUCGGUACUUAUCUAUGUUAUAUCUAUCAAAUUCUGUUUUAAUUUAACAUUUCAUAUGUAAUCUGUAACUGGUUACCAUCAAGUCAUGUAUUGUUUUUAUAUUAAACAAGUCAGUUUACCUCCUGACGUGUGUGUAACAAAUGGAAUGUAAUAAAGAGUUUGCACAUGUGGCCUUAAUCAUGCAAACACUCAAACCAUAAAGAAGUGAUGAAGAAGAAUGUUUAUGGGAAAAAUGUAGAGAUGUGUAUCUGAAGGUAUAUUUCACAUAUUGUAUCUUUUCACAACUUUUGAGUGUAAACAACCUGGAACUAUUUGACAUUUUUGAUCAUUAAAUUUGCAUUUAAAAUUAA